AUGACUCUGCUCUCCUCCCAACCCGAUGUCUUUUAUAAUGAAGUUGCAAAAUUUAUGAAUUCACUGGAUAUUUAUCACUUGUGUGUUGGAUUUUUACAAUUAUUGAAGAAAAUGAAAAGUGUAUCCGAGUCAUCAUUCUCUUCAAUCAUCAUUCAUGAAUUUUUGGAUCACUACGGAUACAAACAAUUUAAAUCCCGAUCCCAACGUGUGUAUGCUCGAGUGGCAUGUCAAGUAUUACAUGAGAGAUCAUUGAAAAAGAAUCUAAUUUCAUCAAAACAUCAUUCAUCCAUGUGGUGGAUUGUAAAUGAAUCUGCUCAUGAACAAAUGGCUGAAUAUUAUCGUGUUUUGUCAUUUGAAAUAUUUAAUCAAAAUUCGGAGGAGAAUGAAUCACUCAUGGAUGUGAAAUUGAAAUUAUUGAAACAAUUUCCAAAAUUGAUCCACAAUGACACUUUUAAAGAAGAUAUGUCACUUUUUGAAAUGUAUGAUCAAUUUUUGAAAUUUGAAAUUAGAUAUUUGAAAAGUAAUUAUUGGAAAUUUUCAAAACAUACAGCCUUGACUGAUAGUUAUGGCAUUGGAGUGGUUCUACAAGAUCAAGUCAUGGAUAUGAAUAUUGCUAUUUAUGGUCAUGAAAAAAGUGGAAAAAGAGAAAUGAUUCGAUCGUAUUGUACCAAUGCAUUUGGUGGCAAUAACGAAACAGAUGAUUUCGAUUCGACACAAACAUGUAAUGUCAUGAUUGAUGGAUAUGUGUUUUGUGUCAAGAUGAGUGCCUUUUCCAUCCACACCAUGAUACCACUUGUCACUACUCACACGCUCGCUUCUCGACAGGCGAUAAAUUCUCAACAAGAUGCUUUGGAGAAUAAUUUAUGCAACAACAACGAAAACACCAACAUGACAGUUCCUGAAGCUGUGAUUUUUGUGUACGAUUGCACCAAACAUUUCACAGAGAGAAAUAUUUCGACCACCCCGAGCACCUCAACUUCUGUCAAUGCAUUAUUGCGUGAACAUGAAUUACAAAUGAAAUUAUUACCAGCCUUACGAAAAUUAGUAAUGACCUAUCCUUUUACUCCCAUUGUGGUCGCAAUGAGUAAGAUCGAUUUACUGAUAUUGGACGACAACAACUACAGUUGUAGUGACGAGCUUUCGUCUCUGUAUGAAGUAUUGAAUGAAUUUCCUCAUGUCGUGCAAGUUGUGGGGUUUUCUGCGCUGACUCAAGAGGGUUUGAAAUCGUGUUUUGAUGAGGCCUAUAAAGCUGCCAUCAAAGCGCGUUACCAAUGUUCAUAUGACCCCAAAAAAAAGGAUAAAAAAUGUGAAAUUCAAUAA